UUGAGGAAUGCUUAAUACUGUUUUGUAGCUUUUGCCAGUGUGUAGAUGGAAAAGCCCACAAUGGCGCUUUUCAAGAGUCUGUUUUGUGUGGUGGUUGUUUGGGCUGCUGGUGUGACUGCCCAGAGUCACUGGAGCCACCCUCUGCAGCAAUACCAAUCUUCUCUUCCUUCUCAGCUGCCUGAGCAACCAAAGGUCCUUCCACCUGAAGCUCUCUCUGAUGAAUGCCAAGUGGAGGAGCAUGAGAAGAUCCAGUGUGGGACUCCAAAUAUCACAUCUGAGCAGUGUGAAAAUAUAAAGUGCUGCUUUAAUGGGCAGCAGUGCUACUAUGGGAAAGCAGUGACUGUGCAGUGUACCAGGGAUGGCCAAUUUGUGGUGAUCGUGGCUCGACAAGUCAUUCUGCCCCAUGUAGAUGUGGAAUCGCUCAGCCUGCUGGAACCAAGUGACCUGUCUUGUAGUCCUGUUGGUGUCACCUCUGCAUUUGUCAUCUUUCAGUUCCCUGUGACUGCAUGUGGUACUGCACUCAAGGAAGAAGAUGGUUAUGUGGUUUAUGAAAACCACAUGUCUUCCUCAUAUGAAGUGGGAAUUGGUCCCAGAGGCUCAAUCACCAGAGACAGCCAUUUUGAGUUAUUGUUCCAGUGCCGAUAUUAUGGUACUGCUGUGGAAGCGCUUGUUUUUGAGACAACUGCUAUUCCUCCUCCUGUGCCGGUUGCAGCUUCAGGCCCCCUCAGAGUGGAGCUCAGACUGGGCAAUGGACAGUGUUACUCAAAGGGAUGUGUGGAGGAAAAGGCAGCGUAUAGCUCCUUCUACACUCUAGCAGACUACCCAGUCACUAAAGCACUCAGGGAACCUGUGUACGUUGAGGUGCGGAUCCUGGAGAGGUCGGAUCCAAACAUUGUCUUGAACCUGGAGUACUGCUGGGCCACAUCUACCUCCAACCCUCAGAGCCUUCCACAGUGGGAUCUCCUGAUUGAUGGGUGUCCCUAUGCUGAUGAUCACUACCUGACCACAGUGGUGCCUGUGGAUGAAUCCUCUGGGCUGCUUUACCCAACCCACUACAAACGCUUCAUCAUUAAAAUGUUCACGUUUGUGGAUCAAACCACCUUGACUCCUGAUAAGGGCAUGGUGUUCAUUCACUGUUCAACGGCAGUGUGUUAUCCCAGCAGCACGGACUCCUGUGAGCAGCCAUGUCACCGCCAGCGGAGAGCAAUAGCUGCAGUGAGGACAGUCUCCUCAGAGCAAAGAGCUGUCGUCUCAAGUGGAAAGCUGAUCCUGACAGAACAGAGGACUGCAUCCGCUCCAAAGGCCCAAGUCCACUGGCAGCCAUAGUUGGCUAUGAUCUUAUUAAAAUUUGUUAAAAGCUCA